AUGUUCACAACUGAAUGCGACGUCGCUACCAAGCGCAGCAUCCUCGAGCGAGUGUCCCAGGCAUCCGCGUCGGAACUGGACGCGCUGGCCGCAGCUGCUGACGCCCGCACGAUGCUGCAUCUCGAAUCGUUGCUUCCAGCUGCGUCCACCACCGUACCUGAGCCAACAUCGCAGCAACUCAGACAGCUCAUGGCACGCAGUAUGGUUCCAUUUGUGGGAUUCGGCUUCGUCGACAACUUUAUCCUCAUUCUGGCCGGCGACUACAUCGAUAUCACUCUUGGCGUGUCCCUCGGCAUUUCGUCUAUGGCGGCGGCCGGCCUCGGAAACGCCAUCAGCGACGUGGCCGGAAUCGGUCUCGGCGGGGCCAUCGAAGACUUUGCGACGCACCUGGGCCUGCCCGAUCCGAACCUCACUCGCCAGCAAUUGCAGCUUCGCAUCACACGAAUUGCGCAUUACACUGGAUCCAGCGUUGGCAUAUUCGUCGGCUGCAUCCUCGGCAUGUGCCCGUUGCUUUUCCUCGAAACGAAGGAGGACCGCAUGUUGAACUCCAGCGCGCCGGUGGUCGCGCCACAACUCGGCGAUCAAUAA